CAUUACAUCGACAUUGGACAAUUUUUUUUGACAAUUACAAUUUACCUAUUUGUCGACUAUUUUACGUUUCAUUUGUAUAAUUUAUUUUUAAUCGAAAUCUUUUAAAACAACGGUUAAAGAUGGCAAGCGACAUAGACAAACGUAAUUUUGGGGACAGCGCCCGGAAUAGCAAUUGCGUAACCGCUAGGAAAGCAUCUAACCACGUUUUCGAUGGGGCUGGCGAGAACAUACAUUACUAUAGCGAUUCUGAUUCCGUUGCUUCGAGGAAGAGUAAGACGAGAUAUAUAAACUCGGCGAUAUAUAUUGAGCCGGUGGAGGCUUCGCAGUCGGUGACGUCGCUGCUUUCGGGGCCGUCUUGUGCGGACGUCACUCCACACCCGCACAGCUCUUACAGAAGCAACUCAACUCCCUUCCUCUCCGGACGAGCAUCAUCAUCCUCCAGCAUCAAACGCAAAUCCUGCCGCCUACAGCUCGAUCCCACUCGAGAUGACGAGACUCCUCGCGAUGACCGCACGUACAGAGAGGGACAGGACACGUUCAGAUUGUCUGUCGCAUCGGUUUCUACCACCACUACUGCUAAGGAGGAGAGAGAAAGGAAUGAAGCGAAGAAGAGACAGGUGUUUGAGCAGUGGUUGGCGCGGAAAGAAAAAGAGAAACGCGAAAAGGCCCGCCUAGAGAAACUCAAGCAUCAGCCACAACCAACCACAACGCCAGAGCAACGCGAGGAAUCCUACCGCCGUUGGCUCGAACGCAAGCGCACACAGAACGAGCGUCGGAAAGCUGAGAAUAUCGUGGAUAAGUUCAAAAAUGCCGAGCGACAGACGGAGGAGAGGAAUACGCGUGAACGAGCGAAGGAGGAGAAGCUCGCUGAUUGGAUUAGGAGGAAGGAAGAGGAUAUGAAACUAAUGAAGACUCGCGAAGAGCGCCGAGCAGCACGUAUCGCUAUCGAGGAGCAACGCAAGCGAUCUGAAGGCGAGCGCGCGUACCGCGACUGGCUACGAACCAGUAGGAACAAGCCGUUACCCGUGCCGCUCAACCAGGGAGAGCUCAGUAUGCGGGGAUCAGUUUCCAAGAUGUACAUCAACCCCAUCCCAUGGCAGUCCCCUAAUACAUGACGGAUCCAGUUAUUUGCGUC